AUGGGAAACAUCUGCGGCAAACAAGAGUCGGAAAACUUUCAGAGCCCCGGUCGGCCCCUCAACUCGGCACCGCCGGCGCAGCAAAAGUCGUCGGUCCCCGGCAAGGCAAAGAGCAAGCAGACGUACACACCAGAGUCGCGCGUCGUCGGCACCGACAGCGAGAGCCCCAGUGGCAGCGCAGCGCGGGAUCAGGGCAAUCCGGCGAGCAAAGCGGGCGCUGCCGCUUUGGGACGACUGACCCAGGACGCGGCAAACAAGAAGAAGAGGAGCUCCAAGGGAUUGCAGGCCAAAGUCGACGAGCAGAGGAGCAAGAGCAUAAAGGACAAUCUUGAGGAGAUUUCCAGUCAAAAUGCCCGUCACGCGGCAAUGGAUGCGAAAACAAGACAAGCUCAGGACUAUUCUUGA